AUGGCCCCUCAGGACGACGAGCUGCUCCCCGAGGAAACCUCGGGGUACAAGCUCUCGCAACCCAAGCAGAGCCUGGCUGAGUAUCAGAAGAUGGACGAGAACGACGAGUCUCUCCAGCGUUACAAGCAGUCGCUUGGUCUGGGUGGUGGCAAGGACCUGUCGGACCCCAACGACCCGCGUGUGUGCAUCAUCCAGAAGCUCACGAUGGAGUCGCCCGGUCGUCCCCCCGUUGUGAUUGACCUCUCAGCCCCUGGCAGCGCAGACAGCCUCAAGAAGACGCCCUUCAAGAUCAGGGAGGGCGCCACCUUCACCAUGAGCGCCCAGUUUAAGGUCCAGCACGAGAUCCUCAGCGGUCUGCACUACGUCCAGGUCAUCAAGCGGAAGGGCAUCCGGAUCCCUGGCGGCAAGUCGGACGAGAUGAUUGGCAGCUACGCUCCCAACACCGAUAAGACUCCCUUCUACACCAAGAAAUUCGCUGAGGAGACCGCCCCCUCGGGCUGGGCCGUCCGUGGCUCGUACACGGUCAACUCCAGCUUCGUUGACGACGACAAGAAGACCCACCUCCAGUUCGAGUGGGCCUUUGAGAUCGACAAGGACUGGUGA